UCGCAAAGGCUGUUGGAAUAGGAUUUUUUUGUUUUGUUUCCGGUUCACUCUCUUGGCUUUGGUUAGGAGGCAAUGCGGUGUGCUGUAAACUUUUUAAAAUAGUGGAUUUUCUUUCAACGAGGAGUUACAGUUUGAGCAUAAAGCAAACUAAAUUGUCCUGGGCUUUUCCAAGUUUAUCACAUUUAAUUCACCAGGUGCCAGAUUUAAUGUUCAUAGAUGAUUCUGUCUGGUCUUGAUGCCAAUGAGGCACCAGAUUUGGUACAUUACAACGAAUAAGGAGCUGUGUUGCAGUUUUGGAUGUAUUUGCAGCAUUUGAAUGUUAAUACCAACUUAUCCUUGAGACGCUAGUUGAGUACUUAUUCCACGAUGGCAGAAAUCAACCUGUCUCCUCCAGAAGUUCCAGAGCUUUCUUUCAUGGAAAUUGUCUUGCAGUAUGGCCUUUUCUUGGGUGCCAUUUUCCAGAUAAUUUGUAUACUUGCCAUAAUCGUGCCAACCUCAAAAGUGCAGGAGCCGGAUGUUGACCACUCAGAACAAAAGAGCACAGACUCUGCUAAGAAACAAAAACCUGCUCCUCUGACAAGUAAAAAAAUGAAGAAGGAAAGCAAGAAGAAGAGAUGAAUGCAGAGCUGUUACCCUAGUUUUUCAGUAUUUUUAUCAUCACCAUUUUUAAAGACCCAUUUAAAGUGCGUUUUACUGAAAAGCUGAUGAAUUGAGAAACAUUUGUUUUAUCAAAAUGCAGUAUAUAAAGAUGAAUGUACACAAGGUUAUUAAAUGUACAUGUAUAAUGUGCACAAAUAAGUUUGUUGAGGAAUUCAAGCCAGCUGACCUGCUUUCCUUCAGCAAAUAGUGGGGAAACAAAGUAUUGAGCAAAUAUGCUGAAAUUCAUAAAAAAAUAGGUGUUGAGCACCUGAAGGAAACAUGUCUGAAUCAUAAGUGCUGUUGAUGUACAUCCCUCCUGUUAAGGAACUCCUUUCUCACAUAUUAAUGGAGUGAUUCCCUCCCUGACUCUACAGCAUGACACUUUUUAAUCUUGAAAACUGCUAUGUCCAUUGUUUGAUUUUCAGUAAUUAUUUAAAAGCUUUUGUCAGUAGCUGACCUUCCCUCACAUACAUAGAAAUAAACCAUUUUAGAUACUUAUGAUGCUGUUUAUAUAGUUGCAUUCUAAUUUUUUUGCUGUGCAGUAACUGGAAUGUGUUUGUCAAAUGUUUGUUUCCAUGAUAAAUACAACUGUAUCUCCUUGUCGUUUUUACGAUCUCCUCCGCUUUUGUAUUUCAGCGUCUCUCUGACUUUGCCAGAUGCUUAGUUUGACAUGUUGACUGUGUUUAGGGCAUUAAUUAAAAUUGUACUGGGUCUGUUCUUUUCGGUGGCUCUGAGUAUUCUACCCUUAAUCAAAAUAAUAGGUCUGAAUGUUAAGUAAUUAUGUGCUUUCUAUAAAUGGAAUCACUUGGUAUAA